AUGGAACAAUCUGGACAGUUGACUACACUGACUUGCAAGCAUCUCUACAUCCACAGAUUGAAUCACAACUCCAUUGAAACCUUGACUGGAUCGAACUAUAGCAAGUGGAAGCAGGAUUUGGAAAUAUCACUAGGUUUUUUGGAUUAUGAUUUUGUGCUUAAAGAAGAACCUCCUCAAGUGCCAGCUGCAGAUGCUACUACAGAAACUAAAACCAAGUUUGCCAAGUGGGAAAGGGCAAACAAGAUGGCUCUGCUGAUCAUGCAGAGGGCUAUGGCCUCUUCAGUGAAAGGGAGCAUUCCAAAAUCUGAGAAUGCAAAGAAAUACUAUGAGGCAAUAGCACAGAGGUUCAAAGAAUCCGAGAAAGCUACCAAGAGCACUCUGCUGAAUCAGUUGAUUGACAUGAAGGACCAAACUGCAGGAGCUAAGCAUGACAGUAGAUGA